AUGGAAGAGAACUACCAAAACCGGACUGCCUUCAUAAAAGGUGCCAAAGACAUUGCCAAAGAAGUGAAGCGCCAAGCGUCCAAGAAGGUCGGCCGCUCGGUGGACCGGGUGAGCGACGAGUACAGCAUGCGCUCCUACAGCCGUUUCGAGCAGGACGAUGACGACGAUUACCCAGUGCAGGGAAGUCAAGAUGGAGGUUACUACCGCGGAGACAGCCAGGCUGCCAACGACGACGAGGGAGGUCACAGUGACUCCACGGAGGGUCACGACGAGGAUGACGAGAUCUAUGAAGGCGAGUACCAGGGAAUCCCCAGGGCUGAGUCAGGCAAAGAUAGCCUGGCGGGAGGGCAAGGAUCCAUGGGGGCCGGUGCUCAGCAGUUCAGAGAUAUCGGAGUGUCCGAGGCUGAGAGGAGGAAGGACCAGGAGGAGCUGGCUCAACAGUACGAGACCAUUCUGCAGGAAUGUGGUCACGGGAAGUUCCAGUGGUGCCUGUACUUCGUACUGGGACUGGCACUGAUGGCAGACGGUGUGGAGAUCUUUGUGGUGGGCUUCGUCCUUCCCAGUGCUGAAAAGGACAUGUGUCUGUCUGAACCUAACAAGAGCAUGCUGGGUCUGAUUGUAUAUUUUGGGAUGAUGGUCGGGGCUUUCCUCUGGGGGGCUCUGGCAGAUCGGAUAGGCCGUCGACAGUCUCUUCUCAUCUCGCUCUCCAUCAACAGCGUAUUCUCCUUCUUCUCUUCCUUCGUCCAGGGCUACAGCACCUUCCUGUUUUGCCGCCUCCUCUCAGGCGUUGGGAUUGGUGGAUCAAUUCCCAUCGUGUUUUCCUACUAUUCUGAGUUUUUGUCUCAGGAGAAACGUGGUGAGCACCUCAGCUGGCUCUGCAUGUUCUGGAUGAUCGGGGGGAUCUACGCCUCGGCCAUGGCCUGGGCCAUUAUACCCCAUUAUGGUUGGAGUUUCCAGAUGGGUUCAGCAUAUCAGUUCCACAGCUGGCGUGUGUUUGUGUUAGUGUGUGCCUUUCCCUCAGUGGCCGCCAUCGCCGCCCUCAACGCCGUGCCUGAGAGCCCACGCUUCUACCUGGAGAACGGCAAACACGACGAAGGCUGGAUGAUUCUGAAGCAGGUUCACGACACAAACAUGCGAGCUAAAGGCUACCCAGAGAGGGUGUUCUCUGUCACCUCCAUCAAAACGGUGAAGCCGGUGGAUGAGUUGGUGGACACUGGCACCGACACUCCAGUUUGGCAACGUUACAGACUGAAGAUUAUGAGCCUCUCCCAACAGAUACGCAAGAAUAUCCUGGCCUGCUUCAGCCCGGAGUACAAACGAACAACCUUCAUGCUCAUGGCCGUUUGGUUCACCAUGUCUUUCAGCUACUAUGGCCUGACGGUGUGGUUCCCCGACAUGAUCAAGUACAUCCAGAAGCAGGAGUACGAGUCAAAGACGAAGACCUUCACCAAGGAGCGAGUGGAACACGUGACCUUUAACUUCACCCUGGAAAACCAAGUGCACCGUGAAGGAUACUACUUUAAUGAUAAGUUCCUCAACCUGAAGAUGAAGUCCAUGGUGUUUGAAGACUCUGUGUUUGAGGAGUGCUACUUUGAGGACAUCACCUCCACACACACCUUCUUCAGAAACUGCACCUUCGUUGCCAGUUUGUUCUAUAACACAGAUUUAUUCAAGUACAGGUUUGUCAACUGUAAACUGGUCAACAGCACGUUUCUCCACAACAAAGAGGGCUGUAUACUGGACUUCAGCGACGACUUCAACAAUGCCUACAUGAUUUACUUUGUCAACUUCCUCGGCACGUUGGCGGUGCUGCCUGGCAACAUCGUCUCUGCUCUCCUCAUGGACAAAAUAGGACGUUUGAGGAUGUUAGCGGGAUCCAGCGUCAUUUCCUGUAUCAGUUGUUUCUUCCUCAUGUUUGGCAACAGUGAGUCAGGGAUGAUCGCCCUCUUGUGUCUGUUUGGUGGCAUCAGCAUUGCAUCCUGGAACGCCCUGGAUGUGAUCACAGUGGAGCUCUAUCCCUCUGACAAAAGGACCACCGCCUUUGGCUUCUUAAACGCUCUCUGCAAAGUGGCCGCUGUCCUGGGCAUCAGCAUCUUCCAGUCAUUUGUGGGCAUCACCAAGGCCGUACCUAUUUUAUUUGCCGCUGGCGCCCUUGCAGCAGGUAGUUUCCUUGCAACCAAGUUGCCUGAAACGAGAGGCCAAGUGUUGCAGUAAGAAGAGGUGACCAGCAGUAGGCAGCAGAGUUACAGCUGGAGUAUAUUUGAAAAAAAAGAAAAGAAAAGCCAAACACUCUUGAGAGCUUCAGCUGCUGCCCAUCACACGGACUGCCAUCUCCACCGUAAGCCCAGAAACCCAGUCUUUCAAAAGUAAGGCAGACACACAGAGAAUACAGAUAUGUCAUGAUAUCACAACAACAUCCUAGAAAAAUCUGCAUCCAACUGCUGUCAGGUUUUAUUAGAUCUUUAACAGAAGAGUCACAUUGGUGAACGUGGUUGACGUGAAAAUGUACUGUUAGGAUAAAAACACCCAGAGAUCUUCAGAGAGAAAAGCCAUUCCUGGGGGAACAGGUAAAAAAUAUUUACGUGUGACGGUUGAUUUUCUCCCUUCUGUUUUCUGACUCAGUCACUGGCUUUCAACACUGCCUUUUCAUUUCCUGUGACCUUACAGGUAAUCAUUCAACUACCAUUUCCUUUUGUGAUUAUGAAAAAGACCUCAAACGUUAAUUUUCAGGGUAACUUUCUCUUAAAAGCAGCCGCUGCCACUUACUCAGAAAUGCCAAUUCCUUCACAGCUACAUGAAAAAAAAAAAACUAUAGAGACGUGUUUUAGUUUUUCUUUUUGUCCAGGUUAUUUCUCUUCUGAAAUUCAUGAUUACAAAAAUUCACAAUAGUUCUUCUGAUUUCAGAAAAAAGAGAUGUGUGAUUCUUAGAGACAUAUAUGAGACAGUGUGUGACUCAUUCUAUUAGUUUCAGAUCGUUGCAGGUUGUUGUUGAUCCAAGAGCUGAACAGCAGUUUUAUAUUUGUUGUCCAUUUUUUAUUAAUCUAUCUCAGCUGUGGUCUAGUGCUACUGCUGUCAACACCACUGGACCUCAAAGACUGAUACAACAUAAAAAAAAUAAUUUGGGCCAGUACAUUAGUAGCCUCCAAAACAACAGCCCACAUCUGGUAUAUUGAACGUAGGCCACAAAUGUUCACUCAAAUACAGAGAAAUAGCAAAAAGCACUGCUUUACUUAUUUCUCAGUACCUACAUAUCAGAUGUGGGCAGCUAUAGAAUCCUAAUGCGUUACAUAAUGUGAGACAAACGACCAGUUUUGGGGAUUAUUUUUAAUUCUUUUCACAGCACUUUUGCCAAUCUCUUUUUUUGUAACAAAGUGAGUCUGAAUGCAUUGAUUUAUACAUUUUUCCUUUGUCAAGCACAAAAUUUGCUUCUAAAAAUCCCAUACAACCCUUGGAAGUCUAAUUAUGAUUUCAUUGGCUUAGCAAGCACAAAAAGGACCUGAGCAGUCCAACCGAUCAAAGAGUCAGGCACAGAAAAGUAUAAAUGAAAUUACUAAUUCAAUUUAAAUUUAAAGGGCUUGAAUGGGUGCAGUCACUGCCAUCAUUUAUCAUGAAAAGUCAAAUUAUAAACUGUGCCCGUGCAUAGCGCUAUCAGCCUCUGUUAUCAUGGUAAUUCAAUCCAGACAGAUUUCCUAUGGUCAGUUUGGUGUGAAGUGGACCCAGUCACUCUGAAAAGUGAAGUUAUUUUACACAUAUCAAUACUACUUUGGUAUUAUUUCUCCAAAGGUGUACAUCAAUAUGUGUGUUGACAAUCAGUGAGUGACCGUGUUAUUGUCAUGUGAUGCUCGAAAACAUCCUUUGGAUUUUGGUGUGUGUGUGUGUGUGUGUGUGUGUUUAUCUGCUUCAUCAGUUGCCCCUACCCUGAGCAGACAGAUUAAGGUAAUGGAAAAACAUUAAUGCUUAGCGUAAGAUGUUCGUCUGCCCUCUCUUAUUAUGUGUGUGUGUGUGAAAGUUCAGUGGAAAUGUUAUAAACUUUAGGAAGUCCACUGUCCUACUUUUUUUAGUUUAGCUUAGUAUAAAGACUGGGAGCAAGGCUAAUUAGCUUACAUAAAAAAUAUCACUGCCAUAAAAUAUUAGCUUUUGGUUGUUGUUUUUUUGUUUUUGUUUUUUUUGUUUUAUUUUAAACAAAUUUAAAAAUAAUAUGACCUUGAAAACAAAGAAACAAAGAAACAAAAAAACAACUAAUCCUCUCAGUCCUUUGCUAUGCUAACUACCUGGCAACUUAGGCAUUAGGCAUUAUAAUUAUAUUAUUAGGCAUUAUAUUAUAUAUUAGGCAUUAUAAAGCUCAGGCAUUAGCCUAGCGUACGAACAGAUAUUAAAUAGUGAAUGUGAGUGAUUGUUUUAUUGUGGUUAUAGCUGAGAGGUUACACCAGCUGAACCAAUGACUUCAUUCACAAAAUCAGUGUACACAAAGAUGACAAAUUGAUAUAAAACAGAGAGAAAACAUUCAUGUACAAAUUAAACAAACAGCAGCCAUUUUAGUUGGUCUCUCGCAGCCCUCUGAGCUACUACUGCCCAAAAUGAUGUUCCUUUUAUCGUUGAAUGUGAACUGGGAACGUUAUACAAAAUAAUGGGAACUUUUUAAGGAGAAUCUAAAACCGUACCUGUCCAAAACCACUACAACAAUACUCUUGUAUAAAUCCCUGCUAAUUGGAUAUUUGAGAACAUAAUGAACCAUUGGACAUAGUAUUCUUAUUAAGCAUUCCUCAAAAUGUCACCUUAUUCAGUAACAUCGUCACUCUGAGAAUCGUUGCCGUGUUGUUGUUGGGUUUUUUUUGUUCUUCUUAAUGUUGUGUGAUUUUUAUGUGAACAACUUCCAUCAAGUUUUUUUUGCGUAUGGGGUUGUGUGUAAAUGUGUGUGUGUGUGUGUGUGUAUGAAUAUAAACUGACUCUAAAUAGUCUGUCACCUAUUUUUCUACUUUUUCUGUUGCCGUACUUUCAUCUCUGUGAUGAAUACAGCUCAGAUAGGGACCACGGAAAUAUAUUUAAACAGUUGUAAAAAGCUACAGACUGAGUUGGGUCUUCACACCUCGCUGUGCUGCGGGCUCCCUGGAAGAAGAAGAAGAAAAAAUCCUAAUGCAAUAUAUGCAGUGUAGACUUUAUUGUGCUGUUCUUUAUUAUUGACAUUAGUGUUUUUUGCUGGUAAAAAAAAAAAAAAUUGGUCUUUAAAAUGAAACUCUCCCGAAAAAGUUU